AUGGCAGAGGAUGCAAAUGCGCGGCCUCCACAUUCUCCACGAACAGCGGGCAUCAUUCAACAUUUUGAACGUCAAGUAAGGUUGCACACAGAUGCUCUCAACGAAGAUGUUCAAGUAACCAAUGAGCGCAUUGGUCAAUUAGAAACGGCACAAAUUGUUGCCAACAACACAUUGACCACAUUGGAACAAACACUUGCUGCUACUAACACCUCUCUUGCAGCAAUUAUUACACGAUUAGAUAGGAUGGAACAAUUUGGGCGUGAAGGUAGGCAACAAGGUGAUAAUGACGGUAAUGGUUCCAUUGCUAGUACAGCAAGAGAUGAUGAUAUGGAGUAUUCAGCGGACACCGAGCAUGAUGACCGAUCUAAUAGGCAUCGACGACACCAACGGCGCGAUCGUCAUGGCAUGGGUGGUCGACCUCCACGACGUGAGGUACGUGAAAAUGAUGAUUCUCUAGGAAGAAUUAAAUUUUCAAUACCACCUUUUGAUGGAAAAUAUGAUCCUGAUGCAUAUCUAACUUGGGAACUAUCGGUAGAUCAAAAAUUUGCAUGCUAUGAAUUUUCUGAAGUUAACAAGGUUAGAGCUGCUACUAGUGAAUUCACAAACUUUGCUUCUAUUUGGUGGCAUGAGUACCAAACUACACACCCAGCUGCCAUACCACAAACUUGGAAUGCUUUAAAAAGAAUCAUGCGUAGUCGUUUUGUUCCUUCCUAUUAUGCUCGUGACUUAUUACAUAAAUUACGACAGCUUAGGCAAGGUAACAAAUCUGUUGAGGAGUACUAUCAAGAAUUACAAAUAGGCAUGCUAAGAUGUGGUCUGGUAGAAAAUGAAGAGGCUGCAAUGUCUAGGUUCGUGGGUGGUUUGACAAGAGAAAUUCAAGAUAUCUUAGCUUACAAGGACUACAAUAACAUUACUCGAUUAUUCCAUUUUGCUUGUAAGGCUGAAAGAGAAGUGCAGGGACGACGCGGGAGAGCUAAUACUUAUGCAGGUCGCAAUACAUCAUGGCAGCCCCGCACUAGUGCUGCUAGCACUAACCAUGAUUUUCAGGGAGAUGUUUCCAACCGGUCAUCCACAACAACAUCGAAAUCAGCACCUUCUCGUGCUAUUGAGACAGGGAAAGCAUCCUCCCAAGCUGCAGCCAAAUCAUCUUCUAUUGCUUCAACGGGAAGAACAAAGGACAUCCAGUGCCUCCAAUGUAAAGGAUUUGGGCACAUCCGAAGGGACUGCCCAAGCAAGCGUGUGCUAAUUAUAAGAGAAAAUGGUGAGUACUCAUCAGCCAGUGAUUUAGAUAAUGAUACAUAUGCCAUGCUUGCUGCCCAAGAUGCUGAAAAGGAGAAUGAUAAUGAAGAGCAUAUUGGGGCUGAACAUGCUGAACACUAUGAGAGCCUCGUUGUAAGACGUGUCUUGAGUGCCCAAAUUAUUAAAGCUGAACAAAACCAGCGACACAAUUUGUUCCAAACUAAAUGUGUAGUUUUGGAACGAUCUUGUCGUAUUAUAAUUGAUGGAGGAAGCUGCAACAACUUAGCAAGCACCACCAUGGUAGAGAAGCUUGGGCUGAAAACGCUUCCACAUCCACACCCCUACUACAUCCAAUGGUUCAACGACAGUGGUAAGCUUAAGGUAACACGUAUGGUCCGUGUGGAAUUUACAAUUGGUUCAUACCAUGAUUAUAUUGAUUGUGAUGUGGUACCUAUGCAAGCUUGCUCUAUGUUAUUUGGUAGACCAUGGCAAUUUGAUAAGGACACCGUGCAUCAUGGUAAAACAAAUCACUACUCUUUUAUGCAUAAUGAGAAGAAGCUUGUAUUGCACCCCAUGUCCCCCGAUGCUAUUUUGAAGGAUGAAGUUGCUAGAGCUUGCAAAGAGAAAAAUAAAUCUGUUCAUAAUAAAAAUCUAGGUGCUGCAAAGGAGUUGGUACAACAUAAGAGUGACAAUUCUAAAUCUGCUUAAGUGAGGAA